AUGUCAGCCGCCGGACGUACACAACAUUCGCCGUCGCGAAGUCAGGCGCCGCCGCCAAAACAACAAUUCACCGUCGUUAAAACUCCGCCACCACCGCCGCCGCGUACUUGGGAGAAAAAUCAGCCGAGGGACGAGAUCAAUACUCCAAAAACAGUGUUCGGUGCCAGCUCUGUUUAUCCUAUGCGGCAUAUGAAAAGUCGAGGAUUGAUCCUGUCCAGCAUGCAACGAAUAUAUUCCUACGUGGAGCGCUUCAACCCAGAAACAACUUCCACGUCGGAGCUGGAGAUAAGAUUGGAAACCCUGCAGAGCAUCUACAGCAAAUUCAAUGCGGUUCAAGAUUCCAUCAUCGCCCAAGCCGAAACAGAAGAAGAAAUGCAAGAUGUAGAGGAGAAAGCUGAGCAGUUUGAAAGUAUGCUGUUUACCACGAAAGCAAGAAUUGUCGAUUUGCUUCGCAGGUCAGAGGAUAGUCAAUCAGUGCCUGAUGCCCCGUCGGCGUUACCAGUAUUCGACGGAGAUGUGAUGCAGUGGCUUCCGUUCAGUGACUCGUUCACGGCUAUGAUACAUGGCAACCGUGGGCUUUCGGAAAUUCAAAAGUUCCAUUAUUUGAAAUCGUCACUGAGAGGACCGGCUUUGGAGAUAGUGAAUAUGCUGGAAACCACAUCGGGCAACUACAACAUUGCGUGGGACUUACUGCGGAAUCGGUAUCAAAAUAAGAGAGUUCUAAUGGAGAAAUACGUCAGAGGACUGUUCAACCUACCGACUCUCUCGAAGGAAUCCGGCAAGGAUCUACGUAAGCUUCAUACGGACCUCAACAAACAUGUGGCUGUCAUCAACCAACUUGGUAUUCCUACGCAGGCUUGGGACAAAAUUAUCGUCAUUCUGAUAUCCCAAAAAUUAGACCCUUUCACGUACAAAGAGUGGGAAAAUGACACAAAUCCGACAGAACUGCCUUCACUAAAUAACUUCAACAGUUUUUUGGAAAGGCGCUGUCAAACACUGGAAGCUCGUGAGGUUAACCGAUUGAGUCAGCUCAGCAUCAGCACGGGAAUGAAGCCAGCCAUUCGAGCUACACCACGGCCAAUGUUAGCUCAUCCUAGCACACAGGUACCUUGUCUGCUAGAAUGCCCAACACCGCAUCCGUUAUUCAUGUGCCCGAAGUUCACGGAAAAGCAUCCAUCAGAGCGUAUCGAUACGUUGCGAAUCCUUGGCUUGUGCUUCAAUUGUAUGAGGUCAAACCACAUGGCUAAUGUUUGUCAAGCUCGUUGCUGCCAAAAGUGUGGUGCUAAACAUAACACCAUGCUACACAUUGAACAUCAAGAUGAUACCGUUGCUUUGAACUCUUGUGGAUUGCCGUCGGUUCCAGCAACUCAAAUCCUCCUAGCAACAGCGGUAGUUUUGGUUGCUGAUCGCCAAGGGGAUUACAUUCCGUGCCGUGCCAUGCUCGAUUCUGGAUCUCAAACGAAUUUUAUUAGCAGUAACCUGGUCCGCACACUUCGACUGCAGUCAAACGGCAAGCGAUUGGCCAUUCGCGGUAUCGGGGGCACAAGUUGUACGGCUACGCAGAGUGUCCAAGGUACGAUCAAGUCCAGAUUCAACGAUUUCACCGUGCAACUGGAAUUUGUGGUCAUCGACGAAAUAACCGGAAUCAUACCAGCGAGAAAAUACAAUCCUUCCGACUUGGACUUGCCGACGGGAAUAGCAGUAGCGGAUCCAAGCUUUUAUAAGCCGGCCAGAAUUGACGUCCUGCUUGGAGCCGAAGUAUUCCACGAAAUUCUUGUUGGGGAACCCAUCGUUCGUCGUAAUCAACCUGCGCUGCAAAACACCCAGUUUGGCUUCGUCGUGUCAGGAAAAAUGAACAACUCACCGCCGCAACGUAGUGGUCCACUCUGUCAUCUACAAACACAACGGGAAACCUAUGACGACGCUAACGUGGAAAUGCUAUGGAACCUUGAAGAACAUGGCAGUGUUGCAUCAAGAAACGAUGAAGAGUUGGAAUGCGAAUCACAUUUCGUGAAAAAUACCGUUCGUAAUAGUGAUGGGCGUUUCAUGGUGCAGCUUCCGCUGAAGGAAAAUCCGACUGUUUUGGGAGAUUCUAAAUGCUACGCUAUGAGUGAAAGCAUGAUCGCUCCAGCAGAACCCGAUUACAGCAACAUUCCAACAAACCGCCUUUCGAUGUAUCAGGACAUUAAGCAACGUCAACAAGUUUUUUGGAAACGGUUCUCCAAGGAAUAUCUCAACACGCUGCAGCAACGGAUGAAGAAUCGACGUUUGACACCGAAUUUGGCCAAGGGUCAGUUGGUCAUUAUCAAGGAGGAUAAUUUGCCGCCGCUAAAAUGGGCUAUGGGACGAAUCGUUGAUCUCACUCCUGGAAACGAUGGACUGGUGAGAGUUGCGGAAGUUCGGACCACUGGAGGAGUCAUCAAGCGAAGCAUUUCCAAGAUUUGCCCGCUACCAACGGAACAGCAACUAGAUAACUUGAAGGACGAAUAG